CAGAGUUCCAUGUGAAUGUGUGUGGAAAACGUGCGUGUACAUGACAUGAGUGUGGUGAGACAUGGGGCACUGCGAGGACUCUCCUUAAACCCAGAACAGACCUUCAAGAGGUGAAUGCGGCGCUCUGUAGGCCGUGCGAGUGAUGCAGCGGAUGUGGUCUCCAGUCGUGCUGCGGCAGGUGUUCCUGCUGCGUUCUGUGUACCUGGGACACGCCAGGGCGGCACGAGACAUUCCUUUGACCCUCCGGGGCUCGCGCUGUUUCAGCUUUACUAAUACCGUCAGGGUGAAAGAAGCCUGCAAAAGGUCAGAGGAGGAAGAAACGCCAUUAAACCCUCCGCAGAGUCUGGCAGGGACUGAGGGUCUUUAUAAGACUGAUCCGAUCCAAUCUGUGGAGGCUGCCCUUCAGAAUAAGGAUGAUAUCGAUCCUCUGCAAGACAAAUCCAUUGGGCUGUUUCAGAGAUUUAAGAAGAUGUUCAAACAGUACGGUAAAGUGAUGGUGCCCGUGCAUAUCGUCACGUCCACAGUAUGGUUCGGGAGUUUCUAUUAUGCUGCUAUGAAAGGAGUGAAUGUGGUUCCGUUUCUGGAGUUUAUCGGUUUACCGGAUUGGAUGGUGGGAAUUUUGCGAGAUUCCCAGGGUGGCUAUGUACUCACAGCCUACGCAAUGUAUAAGCUCGCUACACCUGCCCGAUACACAGUGACACUGGGAGGCACGUCUCUCUCCGUCCAGUACCUCCGCAAACACGGAUACCUCUCCACCCCACCGCCUGUCAAAGAAUAUCUGCAUGACAAAAUGGAGGAGACCAGGGAAAGACUGACUGAAAAAAUGGAGGAAACGAAAGACAGGUUUUCUGAGAAAAUGGAGGAAACCAAAGAACUGCUGUCGGAACGAAUGGAGGGGACCAAAGAGCGCUUCUCUGAAACGAAAGGCAAAUUUUCCGAAAGACUACAGGACACGAAAGACAAAAUGUCUUUCCGUAAGAAACCUGAGUAGGUGCAGGAUUUGCUGUGAUUUGUGUAUCACGCUGUCAACUUCUGGAAGAGAAUCCCACUUAUGUGGUGGGAACAGUGGAAUGGUUUUCACAAAAUGUUCACAAGCUCAAUAACGGAGGUUUUCCGAGUUGUAGAAGUCUUUAUUGACCUCGUAAGGUACUACAUAUAUUCACAUACAAGAACUGAUACCUGUUCAGGAAACACAGGCGAAACAAAUGUCUAUUAAAAUAAUCAAUGAUGAAAGUACUUUAUGUAAAUUCUUGCAUUGAACUGAAUGUAACAAUGUACAAAUUGUUUUUAAAAACAAUUUGCACAAAAGUUUUGUUGUUUCAUGAUUAAGAUGAAACAAACUUGAACUACUGCAAUAAUACUAGAAUCAACCUAAAAUCAGGACUGUGUUUGUGUGAAAGUAUUAGUUUUAAGUUUCUAAGAAGUAUUUCUACCUGACAGCCAAGUGAUGCAUAUAAAUGUCAAUUGGAUACUUAUUUUAAUUUGUGUGUGUGUAUCUGUCUUUGAAUUCUGUGUUGGUCCUUUUCCUGUAUUAAAAUUCCUGUAUUGCA